AUGUACAAGCAGUCGGCGAAUCACCAGUGGAACGUUUCAUUCCAUGCCGUCGUGUCCGCUGCGCAAGCUGUCGUGUCACACUGCACAAGAAAAGGUCGACCACCUUGGACACGCCUGAACUGUUGUACAGUGCAGUAUAGGCAAAAAGAAUAA